GUAAGGAAUUCUGUCAGUCAGUAAGCUCCAAGGAAGAUGACACUUGUGUUUUGUACUUCUAGUGGCUGAGCUUCGUCCAGACACUCGGAGAAUAGACUAACUAUACUCGCCUGAUCUAUGGCUGUGUACUAGUUGUCAGCGGGCGUGAUGGUGUGCUACAACGAUUUACGGAAUUGAGCGUAUGUAAAUGAACAAAACGCAAAGUAACAUUCUAAACCAACCCUUCGUAACCCAACCCACUCUAGCGGAAACUAAGCUACUUCUCGUGUCCUGGUCGGCAGAGGGCGUGAUGGUGUGCUACUAUGCCUCCUGGGCCGUAUACCGCACAGGCGACGGCAAGUUUGAUGUGGAAGACAUCGACCCGGCCAUCUGUACCCACCUCAUCUUUGCCUUUGCUGGCCUGGGCCCCAACAACGACACGAUUAAGGUGCUGGACCCCUGGAAUGAACUUUGCGGCGGUGGGGGGAACUGCGCGUUCGAUCGGUUCACGGGGCUCAAGAGGCUCAAGGGGAAAAGGAAACGAGACUUGGUGACUCUGUUAGCUGUCGGCGGAUGGGGAGAAAACUCAGAGAAAUACUCCACGAUGGCAGCAAACCCGGCCAAGAGGAGCAGCUUCGUGAGCUCCGCCAUCGCCCUGCUGAAGAACCACGACUUCGACGGUCUUGACUUUGACUGGGAGUACCCGACCAAGCGUGGAGGCAACCCCGAGGACAAGGCCAACUACGUCCUGUUGCUGUCAGAACUGAAGAACGCUCUGCACGCCAACGGGAUGAUGCUGAGCGCCGCUGUGUCCGCCGGGAAGUAUACCAUCGACCCGGCUUACGACGUCCCCGGCAUGGCCCAGCACCUCGACCUCGUGAACGUGAUGACCUAUGACCUGCACGGCGCUUGGGAGCUCCAAACCCACCACCACUCCGGACUCUACGCCCACCCUAACGAUACUGACGGCGGUGCAAUGCUUAACCAGGACUUUGCAAUCAGCUACUGGAUCAGCAAAGGGAUGCCUGCCAACAAGAUCGCCAUAGGAGUGCCCAUGUACGGCCGAUGCUGGACCCUGAGCGGCAGCAGCACCGGCUACUACGCCCCCGCCAACCAGCCCGGCGCCCCAGGACCCUACACGAAUAGCCCUGGAUUUCAGGGCUACAACGAGAUCUGCGAGGCCAUAAUGAACGAGGGCUGGACGGUUGCUAUAGAACCUGGCAUGAAAGAACCUUACGUGUACAGCCUCGCGCAUGACCGCAUCUGGUGUUCUUACGAAGACGGGAACUCUGUGAAGAUCAAGGCCCAGUACGCAGCGGCUCACGGUCUGGCUGGUAUGAUGGUGUGGGGCAUUGAGAUGGAUGACUUUUUGGGUAAGUGUGGUCGCGUGUUCAACCUGAUUAAGACCAUGAGGGAGACCUACGCCGGUCCAAACAUCAGACCACCGAGCUCCCGAUCCAGAGCCAAUAGGAAAAAGCAUGACCAACCCGGCGCCAGGCAGUAAAUGCAAUAUGCUGACCUUGACAACUGUGACCACUGCUCUCUGUGUGCUCAGUUUUAUCUCUGAACUCAUAUUUCUUCUAUUCCUUCUUCUCCUUCUCCCUUUCAAUCUCUAAAGCUUUCCGUUCACUCCCCCAUUUGUCUCCCCUCCUCCCUCCACUCCAAUUGAAAUUCCUCCACUCGUCCCUUCAUCCACUCUCUUCCAUCCCCUUCAACCUCCUUCCUUCCUCCCUUCACUACCCUCCCUCGCAUUCAUCCUUGUUACUUCUCCCUUCAUUUUCCCGCUUUCCUCCCCUUCUUCCUUCACUCCAAUUGAAAUUCCUCCACUCGUCCCUUCAUCCACUCUCUUCCAUCCCCUUCAACCUCCUUCCUUCCUCCCUUCACUACCCUCCCUCCCAUUCAUCCUUGUUACUUCUCCCUUUAUUUUCCCGCUUUCCUCCCUUUCUCCCUUCACUUCCUUCCCUCUCCUUCAACUUCCUCCCCUUCUCCCUUCACUCCCUUCCUUUCAGCUUCUAUCACUUAUCACUUCACUUCACCUCUUUCUUCUCCUCCCUUCACCUCCUUCUUUCAACCUCAAUCCCUUCUCCCUUCAUCUCUCCGAUUUCCUCCCCUUCUCCCUUCCCUCCUUCCUUUCCCCUCAGCCUCUUCCUCUCUUCCCUUUACCCACUCUCUUCUCUCCCCUUCAACCUUUUCACUUCACUCCCCUGCUUCCCUUCCCUCCAAUCUCCUCCUUUCACUCCCUCGCUUUCCUCUCUUCCAGCCUCCUUCCUUCAUUCUCCAGCUCCCCUUCUCUCCUCAGUCCCUUUCCUUUCUUCCCCUUCCUUCACCCAAGAGGAGGCCUGCACAUCCGGGACGCUCUUCACUCCUUCAGCCGUUCAUCUGUGACCCGGACUACGGACUACGGACUUUCGAAUGCUGACUACCGACUAUGAACUACAGACAACGGAACACCGACUAUGGACCAACGUUGCCAUAUUGUCGUACUUUGCCUCUUAUGUUUGCCGAUUUCCGACCCCAAAACUGCCUCCUCGACCCCAACAACUCCCUUCAUACAUAGUUAUCGUUAAAAUGGUUAAUUAUAUGUGUUUCUUGGCAACAGUUAUGGGCCAGAAACCGGUAAAUACAAUCCUCCGAGUACGAUAAUCUGACAUCGGUGGACGAGAGCGCUCCCCAACCACACCAACACCGCCAGCACCACCAUCACCAGCUCAGCGUAUACCCUAGGCCUAAACAUGGAGUCUCCCUUUUUUUUCAUGUUCCACGGCAAAAAAAAUGAAAAAAAUAAAGACAAAUAUAAAAGUAGAAACUAAAUAGAAUAAAAAAUCAAAAUAAUUCAAGGGAACACAAAAUUGAAGAAAGAAAAUACGUAGGUCGUGAUGCUAUUGGUGGUGGUGAUGGUUGGCGAAAGUUGGGCUGCGUAACAAAUAUGGCAUUGAAGGAUAUACAAAAAAUAGUUAAAUGUGUCUUAUGAUAAAAAUAAAAUAUAUAAAAGUUCGAAUUAAAGUUUAGACAAAAAGGUCAGACAUAACCCACGCCAAGGCAAUAGGAUUUUGAAUGUGUCACUAUUACUCCUUUAAUGAAUGGAAAAAAUAUAAUAUGAUUUCUUUAUUUACUUUCGUGUUACUCUGAAGAUAAAUAUAUUGAGUUUUUUCUUUCUUUUUCUUUCUAUAUCCUUUGUUGCGAAUCAUUUUAUAUACUUUCCGCGUGAGAAUGAAUUAGAUAACGAUUGCUGAAUUACUACGUAUAUACCUUUCACUUAAUUUGUCAUUUAUUUGAUUUGAUGAUUAUGAUGGCAUUGUUUUCGGCUUAA